AUGAACGGACAUUUUAAUCUUCCAGUUCAUGGAGACCAAAAUCAAGGAGCAGUUUUCCUUCGUGAAUUUACGUUGAUUCGGAGAGAAAGUCUUCAUGACGAUUUCCUGUCUGAUUUGCUGCAUAACCACAAAACAGAAGAUCCGAGCUCCAGAACAGCUCGCUCGGAGGAAGACCGAGACUCACUGUGGGAUGCCUGGGGCUCGUGGAGCGAAUGUUCACGCACUUGUGGAGGAGGGGCUUCAUAUUCACUGAGACGCUGCCUGAGCAGCAAGACCUGUGAAGGGCGAAACAUCCGGUACAGGACAUGCAGCAAUGUGGACUGUCCACCAGAAGCAGGUGAUUUUCGUGCCCAGCAGUGCUCUGCUCACAAUGACGUCAAGUACCAGGGACAGUUUUAUGAAUGGCUUCCUGUCUCUAAUGACCCCGACAACCCAUGCUCGCUGAAGUGCCAGGCCAGAGGAGCAGCUCUUGUUGUGGAGCUGGCACCAAAGGUUCUGGAUGGGACCCGAUGCUACACUGAAUCACUGGACAUGUGCAUCAGUGGCUUGUGCCAAAUCGUUGGCUGUGACCGCCAGCUGGGAAGUGCUGUCAAGGAAGACAACUGUGGGGUCUGCAAUGGUGAUGGGACCACCUGCCGGCUGGUUCGGGGCCAGUAUAAGUCCCAGCUCUCAGCAAAUAAACUGGACGAUAUGGUGGUUGCUAUUCCCUAUGGAAGCAGGCAAAUUCGCCUCAUGCUGAAAGGACCCGAUCAUUUAUAUUUGGAAACCAAGACUCUCCAAGGUGUGAAGAGUGAAAAUAGCCUCAGCUCCACAGGCUCCUUCCUUGUGGAGAAUUCUAGCAUCAGCUUCCAGAAGUUGCCUGACAAGGAGAUAUUAAGAAUACCUGGGCCUCUCACUGCAGACUUCACUAUCAAGAUCCGCCAUGCUGGUGCUGCCGACAGUUCAGUUCAGUUUAUCUACUAUCAGCCUAUCAUUCACCGAUGGCGGGAAACUGAUUUUUUUCCUUGUUCAGCAUCCUGUGGAGGAGGUUAUCAGCUAACAUCUGCUGAAUGUUUUGAUUUGAGAAGCAACCGGGUAGUAGCAGAUCAAUACUGUCACUAUUAUCCUGAAAAUAUCAAGCCAAAGCCAAAACUUCAAGAGUGUAAUCUGGAUCCUUGUCCUGCAAGUGAUGGAUACAAGCAGAUCAUGCCCUAUGACCUCUACCAUCCCCUUCCUCGAUGGGAAAGUACACCCUGGACUGCCUGUUCCUCAUCCUGUGGAGGAGGCAUUCAAAGCCGCAGCGUCUCAUGUGUGGAGGAAGACAUUCAGGGGCAUAUCAGCCCUGUGGAAGAAUGGAAAUGCAUGUAUACUCCAAAGAUGCCUGUUGUCCAACCUUGCAAUGUAUUUGAUUGCCCAAAAUGGCUUGCUCAGGAAUGGUCUCCGUGCACCGUGACCUGUGGACAAGGGCUCCGAUACCGUGUGGUCCUUUGCAUUGAUCACAGGGGGAUGCAUACAGGAGGCUGUACUCCUAAAACAAAGCCACACAUAAAAGAAGAAUGCAUUGUACCGACUCCCUGUUACAAACCCAAAGAGAAACUUCCUGUGGAAGCAAAGCUGCCAUGGUAUAAGCAAGCUCAAGAGCUGGAGGAAGGAGCAGUGGUGUCUGAAGAACCAUCGUUUAUUCCUGAGGCUUGGUCCACCUGUAGUGUCACCUGUGGAGUGGGCAGCCAAGUGCGGCUUGUGAAAUGUCAAGUGCUCCUCUCUUUCUCUCAGUCUGUGGCUGACUUGCCCAUCGAUGAGUGUGAAGGUCCCAAGCCUGUGUCUCAGAGAGCCUGUUACAGUGGUCCCUGCAGCGGGGAGGCCACCGAAUACACCCCAGAGGAAUCUGAGCUGCUGUACGGCAGCUUGCAGGAGUUUGAUGAGCUCUAUGACUGGGAGUAUGAGGGCUUUACGGAGUGUUCAGAGUCCUGUGGAGGAGGUGUCCAGGAGGCUGUGGUGACCUGCCUGAACAAACAAACCAGGGAGACUGCAGAUGAGACGCUGUGUGUAACCAGCCGUCGUCCUCCACAGUUGCUGAAAGCCUGUAGCCUGGACCCCUGUCCCCCAAGAUGGGAGAUUGGGAAAUGGAGCACCUGCAGUCUUACUUGUGGGGUUGGAUUGCAGACACGGGAUGUCUUCUGUUCUCACCUGCUGUCAAGAGAAACUAAUGAGACCGUCAUUUUGGCAGACGAAUUGUGCUAUAAACCGAAGCCAUCCCUUGUGCAAGCCUGUAAUCGCUUUGACUGCCCACCAUCCUGGUAUCCUACAGAAUGGCAAGAGUGUUCACAGACAUGUGGCGGUGGUGUCCAGAAGCGAGAUACACUUUGUAAGCAGCAUCUGGCAGAUGGAAGCUUGUUAGAACUGCCAGAAACCUUCUGCUCCACACCAAGACCAGUUACCCAACAAGUCUGCAAAAAUGAGGAUUGUCCGAGUGAGUGGCUUUUCGCUGACUGGACGCAGUGUUCAGUGACCUGCGGAGAGGGCACCCAGAGUCGAAAUGCUAUUUGCAGAAAGAUGCUGAAAACCGGGCAUUUUGUCAUCAUAAAUUCCUCACUGUGCUCACCUUUGCCAUUCUCAUCCUUGACCAGGAUCUGUGCUCUAGGCACCUGCACAAGGCUCAACAGGCCAGCUCAUAAGCAAAGCCCCCACAUUAUGGCCAUAAACAAAGUUUACAUCCAGACAAGGAAGCAGAAGAAACUACACUUUAUUGUGGGUGGACAUGCUUACCUGCUGCCCAAAACUUCUGUAAUUCUCCGAUGCCCUACAAGGAGGUUCCGGAAAUCAAUGAUCACUUGGGAGAAGGAUGACAAGAGGCUCACCAGCUCAGCUCACAUCACCAUUACACCCUAUGGGUAUAUAAAAAUCAACCGUUUGAAGCCUUCAGACACGGGGACAUACACCUGCACAGCAGGGCCAGUCCAGGAGCAUUUUGUAAUUAAACUAAUUGGAAGCAACAAGAUCAUUGCUGGGCAACCAGCUGGUAUGAGGGAAGAAGAGACUAUGAGAAAGCCCAGCUUAAAUGAAGCCUUGAGAACAGAGGAGAAACAUAUCAAUGGGAUUCUUUUCAAUGGGAGCAAGGCUGAAAAGCGAGGGCACGUUGUGGACCCCGUCAGGUGGUAUGAUUAUAUUGUCUCAAGGCUGCUGCAGCACAGGGGCUGGCCAGGGGAAAAUCUGGCGUCCUGGGAAGCCCAGGAGUCCACAGAGAGAAAUGCAUCGUCAGAGGAGGACCAGAGCCGGGAGUAUAGCCUGCCAUUUACUAUGGUCACAGAGCAGAAACGCUUGGAUGAUAUCAUAAGUAAUUUGUCUCAACAGCCUGAGGAGCUUAAAGAUGUCUACACUGAGCAGCUUGUUGUGCAGCUGGCUCAUGAGGUCUUCAAGAGCCACUUGGAGCACCAGGAAUCUGUUAUCAGAGCAUCAAGGAAAGGAAUAGAUUCAACCUCAGUGGAGCACCCUGUCCACAGACAUGUUUCUGGAUUUACCAGCUCCCUGAGGACAUCAUCUGCUGAAGCAUUCCUUCCUACCUCUGUAGACCUGGUAAAAGGCUUGCGCAGACCUCAUCAAAAGCCUGCCAUCCUACGAAAGAUUUCAGCAGCACAACAGCUUUCUGCUUCAGAGGUUGUUACCCACCUGGGACAGACAGUGGUCCUAGCCAGCGGCACACUGAGCGUGCUGCUUCAUUGCGAAGCAGUGGGAAACCCAAAGCCCACCAUCAGCUGGGCUAAGAAUGGAGAGGAGGUGAAAUACAACGAUAGGAUCUUACUUCAACCUGAUGACUCCUUGCAGAUUCUAGCACCUGUGGAAGCUGAUGUGGGUUUCUACGCUUGCAAUGCAUCUAAUGCCCUGGGAUCUGACUCUGUCUCCAUUGCUGUUACUCUAGCAGGAAAGCCACUGAUAAAGGCAUCAAGAGCUACUGUGAUCAACACUGAAUCGCCUGCGGUCACUGUUGAUAUUGGAAGCACAGUGAAAACAAUCCAGAGAGCAAAUGUUACCAUUAGCUGCCAGGUUGCAGGUGUUCCCGAAGCAGAAGUUACUUGGUUUAAGAACAAGGUCAAGCUGUCCUUUGCUCACCAUCUGCAUGAUGGGUUGCUGCUAAUUCCAAAUGUUUCUCUGUCAGAUCAGGGGUUGUACUCCUGCAAGGCAGCCAAUCUUCGUGGGGAGGUAACUGAAAGCUCCCAGCUGUUGGUUCUUGAGCCUCCACGACCUCUUCCUUACCUAAAAGACUUAACAGCGGUGCUUUCCAGUGUUGGGACCAGCACUCUUUCAGUGCUGACCUCUCCUUCAGGAACAAACAUGACCGUCAGUCCAGGGAGCUCUGCUCUCAUAGGUUGUGCUGUGGAUGGUCAUCCAACCCCAAACAUCACGUGGUUUUACUCUGGUAAGCCACUCAGUUUGCGACAUCGCCUCCUGGCAGCGGGACAGAUUCUUCAGAUACUCAGUGUUAGUGAUGAUCUGGAUGGUGAAUUCAGCUGCCUUGCUCAGAAUGAGGCUGGCUUGCUUACACAAAAAACGUCCCUGGCUAUACAAGAAUACCAGUGGUCAGUGGACAAGCUGAUGGCUUGUUCGGCUUCCUGCGGCCACAAAGGCGUACAGCUGCCCCAGCUGAGGUGCUUACUGGAUGGGGCCGAAGUCAACAUAUCCCACUGCAAAGAGAAGCCCAAGCCAGCCCUGCAGCCUGUCACAUGCAACAGGAGAGACUGCCCUUCACGAUGGAUGGUAACGUCGUGGUCUCCUUGCACACGGAGCUGCGGUGGAGGCAUCCAGAUUCGGCGAGUGACAUGUCAGCGCCUGACAGUGAAAGGCAACUCUAUCCCAGUGUCAAAUGAGGCUUGUGCCCAGGUGUUGAAGCGCCCUGUGGACACACAGAACUGUAACAGGCAGCCCUGUGUUGAGUGGGUUGCCUCCUCCUGGGGCCAGUGUAACGGGCCUUGCGUUGGACCACGGCUGGCUGUACAGCACAGACAGGUAUUUUGCCAGACCAAAGAUGGGACUUCUGUGUCAUCUGAUCAAUGCAGUGCCUUACCAAGGCCAUUGAGUACCCAGAACUGCUGGACCGACCUCUGUGGUGUGCACUGGAGGGUCAGCCUGUGGACUGUCUGCACAGCUACAUGCGGAAACUACGGCUUCCAGUCCCGGCGCGUUGACUGCAUGCACAUCCGCACCAACAAGCCCGUGCUGGAGCAUCACUGCUCUUGGAGGCCACGGCCAGCCAACUGGCAGCGCUGCAACAUCACGCCCUGUGAAAAUGUGGAGUGCAGAGACACCACAAGGUACUGCGAGAAAGUGAAGCAGCUCAAACUCUGCCAACUCACCCAGUUCAAGUCACGUUGCUGUGGAACUUGUGGAAAAGCUUGAAGACAAAACUAGUGGAAAUGGAGGAACAAGGGGAUCACAGACUUUGCUUCAAUGAUGCAAGGACUUUUACAGAAAGUAUAAAUGGAAUGGAAUUCUUUUUUUUUUUCAUUUUAUUUAUUUAUUUCCCUAAAAGGAAAAAGAAAAGGAAAAAAAAAAAAAAAAAGAAAACCUUUUACCAAAUCAUUGUUGACCAGUUUUCCCUUCUAUGAAUCUGGGAAAUCCUGCAGCAAAACAUGAUCAUGAGGGUAGACCACAAAGAGUCAGUGAGUCCCACGCCACCAGCAAUGGGCCUGAGAGGAGUGGGGCUAUCCCAUAAUCCAUGUACAUGCCUGGAGAUACACUAGCAGACAGAUGGGGAAAUGGAUCAGAGUAAAAACAUCACAUUGAACCACCACAAUAUGAAUCAAAUACCCAAACAGCUUGACAGGUCAUGGGCUACUGUAGGAAAAAAAAAAGAAAAAAAAGGCAAAACUAAACAUUCAGCUAUGUGGUAUAUAGAUACUUCAUCUAUCUUAGAUGACUUUGAGAAUGUAAGCAUAUGAUUUUGCUUUAUAAAUCUGUUACAGAUGAGAUCAGAUUCCUUUCUGUCUUUCUAAAUCCCUCUCUCCUCAUGCCAGGUCUUCAAACUUUUUCAGUGGGAGAUCCUGGUAUCUUUGAGGAUCUGGUGCCUGGGGAAGUUGAAAAUGGUGUGUAAUGUGAGCCUGAAGUACACCAGGUGGUGCUUGUGAGGGAGGAUUAGGGAUAGGAGGGUUGUCCUCAGCACAGAGGUGAGGUAAUGGUGAUAAUUAUAGGAGAUAAAGUAUGAUCUACUAUUGACAGACUGUAGUACAAACCUGAAAAUGCUGUCCUGUAGAGAGCACAGGCAGGAAAAACAGAAAUUGACUGUGGUAACAGGAGCUACUUGGCAUACUGCAUCCUACUAACACUUACUUGAAAAGAGAGGAGUAGUAGUUCCCAGAGUUCAGAUGCUUUCAAACCUCAGGUUUUGGAAAGGAACUUGAGGAAGUGUGUUUUCCUAUCCUGCUAACAUGAAAUUUCUCUCUCCUGGCAGACAAGCAAGCAGUAGAAAAGAAGGAGAAAAGAGAUGUAUUCUGAUGUCUUGUGGUUAUUCCUGCCCAGUAGAAACAGAACAGAUUCAGCAUCAGGCCUAGAGGACUAACAAAUACUUUUUAACAAACUUGCUUCUCUCCAGUUGCCUUCCACAUCAAAACAGGCACUAUAAAGCAGCACAUUUUUAAGCCCAUGUAUAACACUCUGCAGAUACAAUCUAAAACGUGAGGCUCAAACAUCAAAUCCACAGCAUGACUCUGCAUGCUGUCUGUAAGUCUUUCCCCUGGCCAACUGCAGCGGUUAUUCAACCAGUGAUGUACUUCAUGCUUUUAGUUCUUGGGCACUCUCUGCUCUGCUUGGAAUAGGGCCCUAAAAUUAGAGUAAAUCUGCAAAGUACAGCAUUUGAGCAUUGUGAAACUUUACAGGAGAGCUAUCUGGGCCUGAGACUUUGUUACAAGACCAUCCCUAAAUUAAAGGCUUAAUUAAAGGUCUCUCCUGUCACCCCUAGUGGGGCUGAUGUCUUGUGGUACGUUAAUGAAAUGCUGUUUGAGUACUGCUGUGUUACAGCUUCCAUGACAUGUAGAUUUUCCAGCAAAGCUGGAAGUCUACUUUUGAGGUCAGUGCGAGGUUCAUGACAUUAAACUGUCUCAAGCUGGGUUACUUCAAAACACAUCUGGCAGUGAAUGUUUUAUAAAUGGGUCUUCAAGAAAUAGUGUUGCUAAGCAUCAGUGUAACUUGUUAUUUAAUAAAAGAAGAAUGUCUUUCUAUGUAUGUAAAUGUAUAUCUUUUCUGUAUAUUUAUUAGGAUUUCUUGUAUAAAAAGUGCAAUAUUAAUAAUUGUACAUUAUUUUGUCCAGAUAAAACUAUUUGGGUUUGUUUUUUUUUUUAAAUCUCCCCAGAAUUUUGUUCCUCUAUAAUUAACAGUAAUAGUGUACUUCUCUUAAUUUUAAUAGUACAUGCAUUUAAUUGGGGAUCCGCUUCACUGUGCACAGAGUGCUUUAUAAACUAUGACAUGAGGGAGGGAUGAUGCUUUUAACUUGUGAAAUAAUAGUUAUGCAUGGAAUGAAGGACAGUUCCUUAAUAACAAUAGUGACGAUGAUGAUGAUGCAGAUAUUUCUAGUACAGUAGUCAACAAAAAGCAGUACAGGGAAGUAUUUUCAUUUGUUUAAUAGCAAAACAUAUUCAGAUGCUCACAUGUUGAAUAGUAGCUGUGUAAUAGCGCACAGGAUAAACACAAAGGACCCAGAGGGGCCACUAUGUUGUCUCUGCACAGUGUAGAUUUAUUUACACAUGUCUGUCCUCUUAAUUGUGACUUGGCAGCAUCUCAGUAAGGAUUGCUGGGUAUUUUAUGAAAGGAUGCUUUCCUUCUCUAAAAAGAAAACAAAACCACAAACUUGUAUUUAUACAACUUUUUGUACAAGUAAUGCAAGUUACUUAUUUAACUACUGCUGUCUGACGUGUUGUUUAUUAAUCUUAAAAACAAAAGCCAAACAAAGUAGCAAAGCUAUUGGAGUACUCUGUCCUCAUUCUGUAUUAUGAUAACAGCACACAGCUGUUACACAAAGUGCAAAUGAUCUACCUGCCUUGGGGAAAGAGGAUGUCUUAACUUGUUUUUAAAAGUCUCCAGCCAUUAAGAUUCUGCAUCCUGUC